UUUGAUCAAAAUGGCGGACACUCGACGACGCCGUGAGCCACGACGCCGCCAAGACGACAUUGGGGCUGCUGAAACAGAGGAAGAUGGCGAAAAUGUAUCUGUUCAGAGCGACGCAGAAUCUCACUCAGAUGCCGAGAGCGACACCAUAUUUGAUAAAGAAGAGGGAGAAACCGAUGAAUAUGAGAGUGCAGAGGAGGCACAAGAGGAGGGUGGUGAACCUCCAAAUGACUCUGAUGAAGAGGACAAGAGCCAACCGGAUGUCGGGGAGGGGGAUGCUGAAGGAGGCAAUGAGAACGAGAACGUCAAUGAUGAGGAAAAUCAGGCGGAUGAGGCUGCAGAGGAAGAGACCGAUGGCGACAAGAGACUGGAUGCUGAUGAGGACUUGAAGAACCCUGCCUACAUCCCAAGACGCGGCCCUUACUUCAUGCAUGACGUCCGGUCCAUGGACAAUAAGGAAGAAGACAAGGAGAAAGACAGAGGCAGUAAGGAGAAAAAAUUAUGGAAAGAAGACAACAAAUGGUUGCAUGACAAAUACUUUGAGGCAGAACAGGCUCCCAAGCCGCGGGCAGAAAUGGUGAGCAUCUAUGGCUAUGACAUCCGGAGCUCCAAUGAACCACCCAAGACUGGACAGUCAAGACAGCCAAGUAGGAGAGCUCCGAGAGGCCGAAGUCGAGGUCGUCAAAGAUACAACCUUCAAGAAAGCUUCAAUAACCAAAAACAGCCUAACAAGGAAGAUGGUUACAGUCGUAAGAGACAGCCGGCUCAGAGAAGCGAGCCAGCCCAAGAGGACUGGAACGAUGAAAAUGAACCUCCCGCUCCGACGGAGACCAUCGGAAGACAAGACAGUUAUCAGGGACAGAGCAAUGGGGAAGAGUCCAAUAGGACUUAUGAUCAUGAGCGACCCUGGUCUGGGAGGACAAGAGGCCGAGGGAGGGGUCGCAGGGGCCGAGGCCAAGGGCGGGAGAGUUACGACCACAGCCGCAAUGCAGUCGAGCCUGCGACGAUACCGCACAAGACAGAAUGGGUCAACAGCAACUCUGGUCCCAGCAGGAGAGAGCAGGUGGCGGGACAGAGGAGAGACUGGCAUCACCGGCUUCCCGAGGCUGACCGGCAGCGGCAGCAGCAGCAGCGAGUGCCCCUUCAGGAGGACUUCCCGGCCCUGGGGGCUUCUCAGCUGUCCCGCAAGCAGGAACCAGCCCGGCUGGCAAGCAGGGAGACUGUAGCCCCCCAGUGGGGCAGAAAGGACAGACGAGAGCAGGUCCGGGAGAGCGGGGAAGGAGACUGGGCCAAGGCUGUGGCCAAGACAGGCAGGCAGAACGUGGGUGGGGAGACGAAGGAGAGGUCAUCAGAAGGUGGUUCACUACCUGCCAAGUCACAGGGUCUGCUGCCUACCCCUUCCUCAACAGAAGGCAGGACAGAGUCACCCGAAGACAGCAACCAGUCAGCAGACAGAAUGCAAGCUGACAAGAGAGAGCCCUUGAAGCCUAAGCGUUACUCCUCUCAACGGCAGCGUCAAGCAGCUGAUGCCCCGCCCAUUAGCCAGGCCUCGGCUGUAGUGCAGCCACCCAAGUUUUACCAGGGCGAGGCCACAGGCCCGCCCCCUGGCUACAGUCAUACCCCACCGGCCACUAGCUCGCCACAGCACAUGGGUGGGGGCGGUGGCAGGGGUAGUAGUGGUGGGGGUGGCACACCACCUCACACACUGCAGAGCACAGCGCCGUCCGUGCAUGGGGGAGCCACGCCCCCAGGAAUGGGCGUUGCCCCCUCUACUCAGGCCCCACCCACCGUGAUGCAAGGGGGCGUGAUGCCACAGGGGAUAAUCCUGCCAGGAGAUGUGCCCAUACAUCCAGGCAUGCGACACCCCUCGCCGACUCACAUAGCCAAUCCUCCUAUCAUCCACCCGGUAGCGAUGAGGACACAACAGCCCCUCCCCCAGCCUGGCUUUCCACCACGUGCCCAUUUCAUGGUCAACUACGGAGCCUCACCUGGCCAGCAGUACCAGCUCAACAGCCCCCCCGUUGGGAUGCAGCGGUUCCCCCAAGAUGCUGUACCAAACAUAACGCCCCACUCCCAGCCUCCUCCAUUACAGCCUGGCCCCAUUCCCACCUUGCCCCAGCCCAACCAAUCCCUGCCCCUCCAGGUGCCCACCAUGCUUUCCCAGCAGCCCCCCACCCCGGUGCAGCCCCUACCCCAGGGGGAUGGUGGUGGGGGGUCCCUGCCAGCCCCGGGGUUGGGUCAGCCCCCGCCAUCACAGACCUACGGUGGGGUGACCUAUUACUCCCCUGAGCAGCAGCAGCAAGGUGUGAAGCGAGUACAGGCCAAGAGGCCAGUCAACCCAAUCCGCAUCGAGGAGCCUCCACAGCGAUCAAAGCGACUAGAGCAGACCCAAGAGAAUCAAGAGGACACCAUGCUACAACAGCAGCAGCAAGAUCCACCACAACAGCAGCAACAUCAGCACCUGCAGCCGCAAGUAGUAGACAGCCAGACUACGUAGCGUCUGCAGGGGCCUGACUGCGUGCAGCAGACAUUAGAGAAUUUACCUAGGUUCCAAUUUCCAUUGAAUGGCAUACAAUUCUUAAUCCCUAAUUGUGCUUGUGAGCUAGGGACACUUUGUUCAUCUGUCUAGAAACUAAUUUCCUGUAUUAAAAUAAAAAAACAUUGUUAUCCUGUUGCCUUAAGAGAUGAAGUCAUUAUUUUAGUAUUGUUAAUUUUACCCUUUGUCCAAAAUAAUCAUAUUUGUGUAACUCCCAGCUUUACUGAAAUGACUAAAGGGUGGCUUGGUUCAUUAAUUUUUUUUUAGAGUUCAUGGGCAUGCAAAACUAUUGAUGGCUUUCUCAUGCAUAAACGUAAUUUUUCCUUGGUAACUGCUAAAUUACUCAUGACGUAGGUUUCAACUGCCUCCUCCAAAAGAACUAGGAAAAAGGCAUGAAGUGUACUGCCUGAUCCCCCCGGCCAUCUUCCCAUUCAUCCUUUUGGGAACUGUUGCAUACCAGAGAAGGUAGGGUUCAGCGAAAGCCAAGUUCAAUCAGCGAUCGUUUGCCAUUAGUCAGUUUUUUUCCCCGGUACCUGGGAUACUCACAUUAUUUUGUGCUUAGGUUACCAGGCUUAAAUCAGCCAGCAGUUGACAAAUGGUCGCCGAUCAGACCUGGUCCAGUAAGUACAUGUACAAUGAAUUGGGAUGGUUGGCACCCCAGACCCUGCAUCAGAUUUUAUACAUUAGAGACGAGAAGGUGGCUGGAACCCAUUCAAAGGUAUGAAUGCUUUACCUACAAGUCACUAAUUCCCUUGUACUUUUAAAACCUUUUCACAUUUAAGAAUGAUUUUUAACUUCCCUUUAAGCCAAUAGGGUCAUAAAGUUUUACUGUGAACAUUUCAACCAAAUUAAAUGUCAGUUUCUUACAUGCUGUGAACACAUUAUCUGUUUGGCCCUUGUCUUCUGAGUUUUACAUUUUUACUGAUAAUAUUGUUAGUGACAGAUUGCUUAUGUCUAUGAAAAUGUGCAUUCAUAAGUGCAACAGGUCUUUAUGAUUUAUUCCCCCAUUAUUUUGAAAACCCUGCUAAUGAAAGGAAAUAAAGAAACGCCAGUGCACAGGAUAUCCAUUCUUGAAGUUAACAUAUACCGUGCAGUUACAAGUUGUAAAUAGUACUGGUGAAAGCUUAUCCCGUAGGAACGCACUUGACUUGUAUCUAAAUGGUUGAAUAUCCUUGCUGCAUGUAUACAUGUGACACACCGAAAGGCGUGCGAUUUCAACAUUUUGUGUAUUUGUGUAUUAAGGAAACAGGUAGUACCAUACUUCAAUUAAUAACACUAUGCUGUGGCUGCCCAUCA